CUGAAAAAAUCCCAUCUUAAAGUCCGGAAACCGAUCAAGAUCCAAAGCACUCAACCGGAAUACUCCCCAAAGAGAUGAUGAAAAUCCCCUUCAAACUGCAAACUCCCAUUGAAAAGAUUAAUUUCAAGAAAUCCGCGGAAUUUUUCGUUUGAAUUUGGAGAUUGCCUUCUCAGUUUUAUUAAUACGGCUUUUUGAAUCUUCAUUAAUCCGAAGUGAAGGACCAAUGGACAGGCGCAGUUGCGGCGCGAUGCUCUUCGAGACUUCAACUUCAGCGGGAAAUCCGGCAGUUGAACGCUCACUGUCCCCCCCGAACGAGGAAAAGCGGGAAAAUUGGCGACCGUCAACCACCUGUUCGAAUGUUUCGGAAAGUUUUAAGUGCGGGUUGAGAGCGCUUUUCUGGACACCGACCAGUUUUCCGUGGAAAAUGCGGGAUUGCACGUAGAGUAAUCGAAACAUUCAGAAAGUUCCAUAAAAGUCUACAGCACCACAACGCAAAAUGAACGCCUCUACUAUCCCAACCUACAGCCAAGAAUCCACAACCAUAGAGUUCGACGAUCCAAGCUCCAACCUCACAUACGAAUACUACAACUUCACAUGCGAGAGAGAAGUGGACACCCUGUACAAAACGGUGGUGUACUCCAUGUACUCCAUCAUCUUCGUAAUCGCUCUAGUAGGUAAUCUCUUCAUCUGUUACGUCGUUUUCGCAUCGCCCAGAAUGCGAACAGUCACCAACUACUUCAUCAUGAACCUAUCCGUCGGAGACAUACUGAUCACAAUACUCUGUGUUCCGUUCACAUGUAUCUCUGCCAUGAACCAGUACUGGCCGUUCGGAAGUUUUCUAUGCCCGGUCAUGAGUUACGUGCAAGCUAUUUCUGUGUUCAUCAGUGCGUACACCCUAGUAGCGAUCAGCAUCGACAAGUAUAUGGUUAUCAUGUGGCCGCUGAGACCAAGGAUCUCCAAGAAAACAGCCACUUUGGCCAUAAUAAGUAUCUGGAUAUUCGCAGGAUUGACAGUAUGGCCAACUGCAGCUUUCACGGAGCUGGUUCAGCCCUCAGAGGUAUUCGUCGAAUGUGACAAGUAUGUAUGUCGGGAGAACUAUGAAGAAGUUGGCCCUGAAUACGGCAGACUCUACUCCACCGUGUUGAUGGUCCUGCAGUAUCUGAUUCCCUUCAUGGUCCUCCUGCUGUCCUAUACCAGCAUCGCCGUAGUCAUCUGGUGUCACAGGAUCCCGGGGGAAGCUGAGAAUUCCAGGGACAAGAGGAUAGCUAGGAACAAGAGGAAGAUGGUGAAGAUGAUGGUGACAGUGGUGUGUGUAUUCACAAUAUGCUGGUUGCCGUACAACCUACUCAUAAUUUUCGCGGAGAGCAUAAGCAAUGAGAUGCUGGAGCUGCUCUAUUUCCCAUUCCAUGGUCUGGCAAUGUCUCAUGCUUGCUACAACCCUAUCAUCUACUGCUACAUGAACAGCCGCUUCAAGGAGAGCCUGAACCACAUCCUAAGAAGGAUACCAGGCUAUCAGAGCUACUACUCUAAAGCCCCGACUGGACCUCCCAACCCAGGGGUCGACCCUACAGACAGCGCCCAAAUCAACCGUAACAACACCUACACAACGUACAUCAGCGUGAAGAAAAAGGCACUAAGAACCAGCCAAUCAUCUGGCAAAGAUACCCCAAGAUCAGUCUCAAUCCACACCAAUUCGAGCAUAGCUUUUUCUAGAAAAAGCAGAGGCUCUAAAAACGUGAAGGAUGAACAAAUAUGAGGCCUUAAGGUUUUGAAAGAGGUUUGAUGGCAGAAACCAGCCUAAAAAUGUCAGAACGAAGUAUUUGGGGGGGUGUUAUUCUCUAAAGGAAAUAUUUUGCAGCUAGAGAAUCUCAAUUUUCCUCCGAAAUCGAUGUGAAAAUUCGUUCUAUUCAAGAUAAAUUUGAAACGGAAAUUGACUUAUUGUUCCAGUCAUGUCAAUGUCAAUAUUGCAACAUUGGUCUCAACGUUAUUGAGGGCCAGAUUUAUGAAGUAAAGCAGGCUUUAUUAUAGAUUGUAGUUCGAUCGAAGAAACUGAUUUAUAGGUAAGUAUAGUUCGAAAAUUUAAUUCGUCUACUUGUAUAUAUUAAGGAAAAAUUCCGAUAGUGCAAAUAAAUUUGAAAAAUCGCACCGAAAUAGAUCGAGAUUUUAAAGGUUUUCAAUUUUUUUACUGAAAUGUGUGGAUUUCAUUGUGAUGUAUGCACUUUUAUGUAUUUUUCAUCAAACAUCGAUGUGAUUGUAAAUGUCAGAUAACAAAGAAUAAAUGUUUGAAUG